AAACGGCAAUUCCCCAGUAUAACAGCUCCUGUUUCCAUUGUUGUUGUUUUUAAUAUAUAGUUUCAAUAUGACCAUCCAAGUGUCAGUAUUGUGUGUCUGCACAGACAAGAGCUAGGGACGCUGCGAGUGUAUUUGCAUCGGAGUACGACUUGAACAUACUGCAAAUGUUGUACAGCUGCAGCAGCAGCAGCAGCAGCUGACUGCCCGCCGUGAACCGCCAGCUCCGGACUGGCCAUGUUGGAUAAGUCGCACUGGCGGCCAACACUGAAUGAUUUGUCGUUUCAAACAGCCAGCUUGCUGAAUACAACCGAUUAAACGAGUUGGAUAAAUAUAUAUAUACGAGCCGGCCACUGUUGUGUCUUCGGUGGCCUGAGCGUUUAUUUAAGCCUGCGACGCAUGUUAGCUGGCUAACGUCGAGGUGAUGUCGAGGUGGGUCUGAUACCAGGACGUCUUCUAGCCAGCGGUUGAAGAGCAGGGGGCUGGCCGAGGCCUGCAUGCAUCUAUAACGUCAGCCAUGUUUUGGAAGUUUGACCUACAUGCUUCGUCCCACCUGGAGGCUCUGCUCGAGAAGGACGAUGUCACACUCACAGAGCUCAUGGACGAGGAGGAUGUACUGCAAGAAUGCAAGGCCCAGAACAGGAGGCUCCUCCUGUUCUUGUCUCAGGACAACUGCAUGCAGGAGCUACUGCGUCUCAUCACCACAGUGCCCCCUGCUGGUGUCGAGGAGAUGAAGCGCUUCAAGUAUCCGAACAUCGCGUGUGAGCUGUUGACCAGUGACGUGGGCGUCAUCAACGAUAAGCUGGGUAACGAACAGCCGCUGUUGGACACACUCUACGGCUUCCUGGAGCAGCCGUCGCCUCUCAACCCACUGCUGGCCUCCUUCUUCAGCAAGACCGUCGGGAACCUCAUCACACGCAAGACGGAGCAGGUGAUCAGCUUCCUGCGGGGGAAGGAGGGCUUCCUGUCCCUGGUGCUGAAGCACAUCGACACGUCGGCCAUGAUGGACGUGCUCCUGCGGCUCAUCAGCUGUGUGGAGCCAGCGUCUCUCAGACAGAAGACCCUCCACUGGCUGAAUGAAGAGAAGCUAGCCCAGAGAUUAAUAGAACUCAUUCACCCUGAGAGAGACGAAGAGCGUCAAUCCAACGCAUCUCAAACCUUGUGUGACAUCAUUCGUCUGAGCAGAGACCAGGCCAAUCAGAUGCAAGAGAUCUCUGAAUCCGACCCGUUGCUUUCAGCCUUGGAGUCGCAGGAGUGUGUGGGACAGUUACUGCAGAACAUGUUCUCAGGUGAGAGAACCGAGAGCUGCAUCGUGAACGGGGUCCAGGUUCUGCUCACCCUGCUGGAGAUCCGGAGGCCGGUGGUCGACGGCGUCAUGGACGCUCAGGGGUUUGAGAGAAGUUACAACGUCAACAGCAGUAUCUUGUUGGCCAUCCAACCACAACUGAUCCACUUCCACCAGCUGCUGCUGGCCCCGCCCAAGUGCAGUCCCAUGCUGACCUCCAUGGGUCUUCUGGAGGAGCCUCUGGGGAACACGCGUCUGCACGUGGCCCGGCUGGUGGCCUCGCUGCUCUACACCAGCUCGGCCAGCCACGCCGUGGUGGCCCAGACCCUCUGCCAGCUCAACACCAUGGACGUGCUGCUGGGCUUGUUCUUUAAAUACACCUGGAACAACUUCCUCCACCUCCAAGUGGAGCUCUGCGUAGCUGCCAUCCUCAGACCCUGUGCCCACGAGAUGAGGCUCCAACCGGACCUGGGAUCGCAGGAAACGUCCCUGCUUCCUCCACCCCAGGAGGCCGCAAAGGAGAAGGGUUUGUCUGAGGCCCUGAACUCAGACUUGGGAACAGCACAGAACCCUGAAAGCUCUGCUCAUAACACAAUGGUAGCGCAUUUGUUUCAGCACUGCCGACUAGUCCAGAGGAUUCUUGAUGCUUGGGAAGAAAACGAUAAGAUUCAGGUAACGGGUGGGAUGAGGAGAGGGUACAUGGGUCACCUGACCAGGAUCGCCAACACAGUGGUGCACAACCUGGAGAAAGGACCGGUCCAUGCUCAGAUCAGCGGCCUCAUCACAGAGCUCCCUGAAGACUGCAGGGGGCGCUGGGAGACCUUUGUGGAGCAGACUUUAAAAGAGACAAACAGGAAAAACACCAUCGACUUGGUCGGCACUCGCUCCCUGAGACAUUCCUCUGAGGACGACAUGGAGAGCCCCUUCCCCAAAGAGCUCACCCUGCAACAGGCCUUCUCGGACUACCAGAUCCAACAGAUGACGGCUAAUUUUGUCGAUCAGUUUGGCUUCAACGACGAGGAAUUCACGGACGCUGAAGACAGAAUUGCAGCCACCUUCGACCAGAUUGCUGAGAUCAAUAUCAACAUCGAUGCAGGCCAUGAUAGUCAGGCCAACACAGCUGUGUUUGAGGCCUGCUCCAAAGAGAAGAUCCAGUCGUUUGAUGACGAUGAAGAGGACAUCUGGGAGGAGAAGGAGAUUAACUAUGCAACGCAAACCAAGUCUCGCAACAGGUUUGGCGGCUCCAGAUCGUCCCAGGGCGCCGCGGCCGCCGGCUCUCUGUCUGAGCGGACGCCAGGCUCGGACCCCCAGGGCUCUGACAAGACGAGGAGACCAGACGCUGAGCCGGAGCCCAACGGUCCCCUGGACCCCUUCUCCAGUCUGGCCCCUCCAGAGAACACGCAGAGUAUGGGCUGGGUGGCCGACUUUGGAGAGGUGAAUUCCAAAGCGCCCGCGGCCGGGGGGGGGUUCUCAGCCUGGGACAGUCCCGCCUCCAAACCAGUUUCCACGGAGACGGAGGAGAAGGGAUGGGCCAAGUUCACCGACUUCCAGCCCUUCUGCUGCUCGGAGACCGGGCCCAGGUGCAGCUCGCCCGUGGACGCAGAGCUGAGGCCCGUGGACAGAGCCGAACCCAACCAGAACCCCUGCGUGUGGAGCGUGUGCGUGGCCAGGAAGGCCCCGCUGGUGGCCUCCGACUCCUCCUCCUCCGGCAGCUCGGACAGCGACGAGGAGGAGGACAAGACCCGCUCCGUCUCCAUGGAUACCGUUGCCCCCCCGGAGACGGCCAGCGCGGUUGCCGGCGGCAACAGCAGCAGCAGUAGCAGCCUACGGGGACCCGGCGACGCAAACAACGACAAGGCGGUCAUGGCCAGUGAGGCAGACAAGAUGGCUGCGGAGGGGAAGUUGGCCGACGACAAAGGAAAAGGAAGCGGGAAGGAGAGUGACGCGCUCCCUAGCACGACGACCGAACGCCCCGCUGCGGGUCAACCGGCUCCCCCCCUCUCCUCCAACGGGCCGACCUAACACCCCCGCCCGGAGCCUGGACUCCCCGCGCACGCCUCCUCCAUCUCCACACACACACACACACACACACACACACACACACACA